CACCUCUCGUCUGAAUCGCCUCUCUCUCUCUCUCUCUCUCUCUCUCUCUAAAAUAAUGGUGGUUUUCAAGAUUGAUCGCAAGGAGACCUCUCCGAUCGACGGCCAGAAGCCCGGCACCUCGGGAUUGAGGAAGAAGGUGGUAGUGUUUAAGCAACCCAACUACCUGCAUAACUUUGUUCAGUCAACAUUUAAUGCCCUUUCUGCCGACAAAGUGAGAGGUGCCACACUUGUUGUUUCUGGAGAUGGUCGUUAUUUCUCUAAAGAUGCCAUUCAGAUUAUAACAAAAAUGUCAGCCGCAAAUGGAGUAAGGCGUGUCUGGAUUGGCCAAAAUGGUUUGCUCUCAACUCCAGCUGUAUCAGCUGUCAUUCGUGAAAGAGUUGGUGCAGAUGGUUCAAAGGCUUCAGGUGCAUUUAUAUUAACGGCUAGUCACAAUCCUGGUGGUCCUCGUGAGGAUUUUGGGAUCAAAUACAACAUGGAAAAUGGUGGACCUGCUCCUGAGGCUAUUACUGAUAAAAUUUAUGACAAUACAAAAACAAUAAAGGAGUAUUUCAUAGCAGAAGAUCUACCGGAGGUAGAUAUCUCUGCAAUAGGGGUUACUAGCUUUAGUGGACCUGAAGGAAACUUUGAUGUGGAGGUUAUUGACUCAGCUGAUGAUUAUGUGAAAUUGAUGAAGAAAAUAUUUGAUUUUCAGUCUAUUAAGAAGCUGCUUACAUCUCCAAAUUUCACAUUCUGUUAUGAUGCAUUAAAUGGUGUUGCUGGAGCAUAUGCCAAGCGUAUAUUUGUCGAAGAACUUGGUGCCAAAGAAAGUUCACUAUUGAACUGUACGCCUAAGGAAGACUUUGGAGGCGGACAUCCUGACCCUAACCUGACAUAUGCAAAGGAACUAGUUGAACGAAUGGGAUUAGGUAAAUCAAGUUCAAAAGAUGAACCACCAGAAUUUGGUGCAGCUGCCGAUGGUGAUGCAGAUCGUAAUAUGAUCCUGGGUAAAAGAUUUUUCGUGACGCCAUCAGAUUCAGUUGCAAUUAUUGCUGCCAAUGCGGUGGCAUCCAUUCCUUAUUUUUCUUCUGGAUUAAAGGGUGUUGCAAGGAGCAUGCCAACAUCAGCUGCACUUGAUGUUGUGGCAAAGAAUCUAAAGUUGAAAUUUUUUGAGGUACCAACUGGCUGGAAAUUUUUUGGUAACUUAAUGGAUGCUGGACUCUGUUCAGUUUGCGGUGAAGAAAGUUUUGGGACAGGUUCUGAUCAUAUACGUGAAAAGGAUGGAAUCUGGGCCGUCUUAGCUUGGCUUUCCAUUCUUGCUUUCAAGAAUAAGGACAAUAUUGGUGGGAAUAAGCUAGUUACAGUGGAAGACAUAGUUCGCCAGCACUGGACAACUUAUGGUCGCCAUUAUUACACUCGAUAUGACUAUGAGAAUGUUGAUGCUGGUGCAGCUAAGGAACUUAUGACAUAUUUGAUCAAACUACAAUCAACCCUUCCAGACGUUAACAAGAUUAUCCACGGAAUAAGAUCAGAUGUUGCUGAUGUUGCUGAAGCAGAUGAAUUCGAAUACAAAGACCCUGUUGAUGGUUCCGUCUCUAAGCACCAGGGUGUCCGUUAUCUAUUUAAGGAUGGUUCACGAUUGGUAUUCCGCCUCUCUGGAACUGGCUCCGAGGGAGCCACCAUCAGGCUCUAUAUCGAGCAAUAUGAAAAGGACUCUUCCAAGACUGGAAGGGACUCACAAGAAGCACUUUCUCCUCUUGUGGAUGUGGCUCUGAAGCUUUCAAAGAUGCAGGAGUUCACUGGCCGAUCCGCUCCCACUGUUAUCACAUAGACUACAAGGUUUCAUUUUUUAAUUUAAAUACUACAUGCAUAAGCGAGCCACAACGAAUACGCAUAUGAUAUUGUUCCUUUGUUUUGAAUUGAGGCGGAUGUGUGCUCUCACUUAUAUGCUCCAGUGUGAUUGAUAUGAUUUCACAAUUUUGGUUUUGGGUUGUGCAGCGUCUAAUAAAGCUGAUGUAAUAAAAAUAUGGUUUCUCUUGUAAGAAAUGAUUUAUGGGCGUGUCCAGUUUUUGGUAGCGUGUAGCAUAUUGUCACCUCUGGAGUGUUGGAAAACCUAA